AUGGGAAAGUGCCGGCUCUCGCCUUCGAUCAAAAUCCUGUACAGCUUUCGCCCGAGGAGCCCCAGAAGGUGUUGGGGAGAUUGGGAGCCGGGCGCCCUGGGACCCGCAGAGUUAAAGCAAGUUCCCUGGGCCGUGGAGAACCCCGGGGAACGUGACUUACUUACUUGCUCGAGGGGGUUCCCGGCUCUGGACAAAGUUGUUUUGCGGGAGACCACGCCUCCACCCCCUUCGGAGAAGGAAGGCCAGGACUGGACCCUACCAGCGCCCAGGGAGAAAGUCUGCAAACUACAAGUCCCAGCAGGCAGUGGGCUGCAGGACGUGACCUAUGCUGUCAUAGUCGAAGCCCAGGUUCAGAGGGCCCUCCAGAGCAAACAUCCCUUUAAGAAGGCCCAGGAGGAGGUAGAAGAGGAGGAUAAAUAUGAGCUGCCCCCCUGUGAGGUUCUGCCCCUCAGUCUGGCCCCUGCACAGUCUCUUGGCUCUAAAGAGGACUCCUUGUAUCUGGAUCGUUCUGGCCCCCUGGAUCAGUCCAAGCCACCACCGCCUCCGCCUCAGCCUACCAUGGCCAGAGGACUCCCCAUAAACCCUUCCUUCCCUACCCGCCCUACCUCUGGCUACCAUUUCCCGCUGAAGAUGGCAAUGAACCUGCAGCCUGCAACCCCAAAGCAGGGACCUGUAUUUGGAAGGCGAGGGCAAGGUACACCUGCCAGAGUGGUGAGCUUGAAACCAGAUGAGGACAUCUACCUGGAGUGUGAGCCAGAUCCACUUCCAGCCUUAACUAGAUCUCUGAGCUCCAAAGCCCCGAUGCCUCCAGUUCCUCUGCCAAGAACAUCUGGACGGCCCAAGUCAGUAGUUGGUCGCCAGGAGGCCCGGAAUGGAGCUGUGGAUGCCAGGUUGAAAGGAAGGAAGCUGUCUGCUUCCUCUGUAGUCCCUGCUCUGAGUACCUCUGCUGCUGAGGACGGCAGUCUGCUGGGUCAGCCUUGGUACUCCGGGAACUGUGACCGUCAGUCUGUUGAGAGAGCCCUGCUUCACUUCCAAAAGGAUGGAGCCUACACAGUGCGCCUCAGCUCUGGGCCUCACAGUUCCCAGCCCUUCACUCUGGCAGUACUCCUCAGAGGCCGGGUCUUCAACAUUCCCAUCCGGCAACUGGACGGCGGGCACCACUAUGCCCUGGGUCGGGAGGGCAGGAAUCAUGAGGAGCUCUUCUCCUCUGUGACUGACAUGGUUCAGCAUUACAUGAACCACCCCCUGCCUCUUGUGGACCGACACAGCGGCAGCCGAGGAUUCACCUGCCUGCUCUUCCCCACCAAGUCCUGAAGAAACAGCAGGGACGCAAACCCACCUUUGGCACAUGGUGUGCCCCUUCACA